CACCAGCGAAUGGCGUUCGAGCUGCCGAUGUAGCUGUUGUCGUGGUCGUCGCAUUCGGUUUUUGCAUUUCGUGUCUCUUAGCUUUACCGUUACACACUACACUCGUACAUGUAUAUAAAAUUGAGGCGCUGCGCGCGUCGCGGCCAUUCCUCGGCCCAGGGCCACCCUUCAGUCAUCAGCCAGACCGAGAGCCAGAGCCAGACUCAUUCGCCACCGUUAACUCUUUGAAAUUGGACGCAGUGGGCGGCAGAACGCGUUCGCGAAAAAAUCCAAAAUAAAUUCCAAGUGAGCAAUAGAAAGAGAAAGUAAGAGAGAGAGCGAGAGAGAGAGCAGGCAGACAGAUAAUGCCAAAAAGAUAGUGCCCAAAGUGAUCAACACUCGAAAAGCGAGGAAAAUUUAAGGAAGAAGAAAGAUUAAAGAAAAACUUCGGCCCGACACGGUACGAGUAUCCGAGUGCUAAGUGCGAGUGGCCCCCGAAAGCCCCGAUAGUUGUCCUAGUUGACCCUGCCCCGACCCUCGCAUGUGAGACCGGCCGGUCGCGGUCGAUCCAAUGAAAAUGGAAGAUCCCACUAUAGCCGAUACGUACGUGCAGGAGUUCGAUCUGCACCACCUGGAGGUGCCGGUUGCCGGCAGCAGCAGCAGCAGCAGCAACGCCAACGGCAACGGCAACGCGAACAACAGCGCGGCUGUGGCCGCCGCCAUCGGGCACGUGAAACGGGAGGAUCACAGUCCGCCGCAGCCUGUGGCGGUCAAGUGGACCACUGUGCAUGGGGAGCCACCGGUCCCCGACGAGGUGGUGCCGGAGCCCCUGGCCCUGGCUGUCCCAGAGCCAGCCGUUGCCGAGGAGCUGUCACCAUCGCCGCACAUCAAGCUCCGCUCCUUCUCGGGCCACCAGUGGCACAUAGAUGAGCGGCGGCUGCAACCCCUCUCGCCACCCCCGGAGCAGUACGGCCCGAUGCCCGGCCAGGCGAUAUUGGUCAACACAUCCUCCUCUUCGGCUGCCGGAGUGCCAGGCGGCGUGCCCUCCACCCCGCCGGAGACUCCGCCCGUUGUGGGCUCGCCGACGGGCAGCAGUAGCUGUAGGAAGGAGGCUGCGCCAGUGGUCAGUGCCGGACUGAGCCACGAAAUGAUGUGGCUGACCAACUCCAUACGUGCUGACCAGCAGCCCCUCGAUUUGCGGCCGCUGCCCUAUCCCGGCUCCCAGGAAGAGGCCGAGGAGUGGGAUCGCCAGCGGGACUACGCCCUGCAGGCGGCCGCCGCCCACCAUCACCACCACGGACAGCCGCUGAUGCAGAGCCAACACCAUCCGCACUCCCAUCCGCACCCAUAUCCGCACGGCCAUCCCCACGCGCAUCCUCACCCUCUCCCGCACGCGCACCCGCACCCGCACCAGGUCGUGCUCCAGCAGGCCAAGUAUCCGCAUCACCACUUCCACAACCUCGACCUGGCCCCCAUCAACAUGCACUCGAACCCACACGCCCACUCCCACACGGCAACGUACGCGGCGGCCUCCGGCUCGGUCACGCCCACCUGCCUGCCCCAGGUUCCGAGCAACAUCAGCAGCGGCAGCAGCAGCGUGGGAGGGGGUUGCGUGCUCACCCGAGCGGCCCUCCAGCCCUGCCGACCCAUGUCGGCCAGCUCGACGAGAUCCUCGAACAACAUGUCGCCCAGGACCUGCUCGGGAGCGUACAGCACCGCCACGCUGGAGGACUGCAUCAACGACGACAUGCUGACCACGCUGACGGUGCGGGAGCUGAACAAGCGACUUCACGGCUGCCCCCGCGAGGAGGUGGUGCGUCUGAAGCAGAAGCGGCGCACCCUGAAGAACCGCGGCUACGCCCAGAACUGCCGCUCCAAGCGCCUCCACCAACGCCACGAGCUGGAGAAGGCCAAUCGCCAGCUCAACCAGGACCUGCACCGUCUCAAGCAUGAGUACUCGCGCGUGUGCCAGGAGCGGGACGCGCUCAUGCAGCGUCUCCAAAGGAUCGGUGCUGCCGGAGGAGGUGGUCCGCCUGCAGCUGGCGACAGCCAGAGCUCGCCAGAGUUCUACCUAUGACGCCAGCUGGCGGCAGCCACCUCGUCCUCCUCAACAACCUCGCAUCGCGGCCACCAGUGGGCCGCCCAGCAGCUGGCCAACUGAAUGGCUAAAUGGAACUGAUUCCACAAGGUAUUUUUCCCCAGGAGUUUUCUUCUAUCUAGUUUUUGUGGCCAUAAGCCUAACCCAAUUCUCUCUUUUUUAGGAUUGUGACAAUAAAUUCCGUUACCAUUUAAGUUUGAGAUCUUUUAAAGCUAUAGAUAGAGAAAGAGAGAGAGGUCAGGGAGAGUGGGCAUGUUUGGACGGAACUUUUGCUGAUUAUCAGCCUGACUAUAGGCAAAAAUUGAUUAUUGAUUAUGAAAAAAAAAACGCAUUUGUAUAGAAAACAAACAUUGUAUAAAGACGAAAAGCAAAAUCAAAAUCAAAUAGAAAUCGAAAAAGGGAAGAGUAGAGAAUCAUUUGCAGGUUCUGAUUACCGAUCGCUACAUUGUAUUACGAUUAAAAAUUACAAUUACAAAUUACGAGUUAGGAACACACGCUUAUUUGUUGAUUAGUUCUAGCCUUAGUUUCCCCCCUAAUAUUAAGCGAGCAGGAGCGAAUAGAUAUCAUAACUGAUGAAAUAAGGGUAGCUGUAAUGUUGAUCUUAAAGGCCGCGAUUCUGUUUUUUCUUUCCUCUUCGUUCCACCGCCCUGAGCCAUACACAUACUAAACAAAGGUUGUAUUACGGUUAAAUACUUCAAGUACUUGUACUGACAAAAUACCACACUCGAAGCCGAAUCUGUAAAAAGUGAAACUGAAGCAAAACGAAGCAAAUCAAAACUAAACUGAACUAAACUGAACAAACAAGUCCUAUACGAUGUAAUAAUGAAAACGGAGAAAGAGCUCAUUGCAGACGAUAAUGUAAAUACACACCCACACACCGAUUUAAAUAAAACGAAGAUACAACGCCAA